UCUUUAAAAAUGCUUAAUGCUCAAAAUUUUAAAGAUUUGGAUGAUAAAGGCUAUACAGUAGUUAAAGACGUGAUUACAAAACAAGAGUGUAACACUGCUAUCGCUGAAUAUAGAACAUGGCUAGAAAACUUCGGGGCCAAGUUCCCAAAAACGUUUAACUCUAUUGUAAAAGAUCAUAAUAUCGGUCACAUGGAAACGACAUGGCGUCUCCGUUUGCGAGUCAAGCCUAUAUUUGCGCAGAUUUGGAAAACCGAGAAACUGCUGACUAGUUUUGACGCUGUCUCUAUAGGCCGUCCACCAGAGUCCGGAAAUGAGGAGUUUCAAGAUCCAAGAAAAUACUGGCUACAUGUUGAUUAUACUCCAUCUAGAAUUGGUCUACAUGCAUAUCAGGGGUCAAUUUUUCUAGAAGAACAGACUAAAAGUGACUGGACUUUUCAAGUCAUGGAAGGUUCACAUCUUUUCAUUGAAGAGUUUUUCAAGAAAUUUCCAGAUAAGGCAGAAGAUUCUAGACGAUUUCGUCAUAACUAUCGACUUGACACGGAAGACAUCGACUAUUUCAAGAAUUGCAAAUGUCGUUUGACGCGUGUUCCUGUUCCAAAGGGUGGCAUGAUAUUAUGGGAUUCUAGAUUGAUCCAUGCUAAUGCAAGGCCACUUCCGAAUCGUAAAAAUUCUGGUAGAUGGCGCUUUGUAACCUUUGUUUCUAUGACACCUGCGAUAUGGGCUAAUGAAUUGGACAUUAAAAAACACCAGGAGGCGUAUACAACCCCAAAAAUGACGUUACAUUGGUCAUCACAGGGUAUUCACCUUAUAGAAACGUCUUCAACUCCCGGGAUACCAUGUCCUACAACUGUUCCAGCUAUUGCUCGCAGCGAGGAAGCUAUGAAACUAUCAGCGAUGAUAGCAUACGAUUUUAAUGACGGUAAACCGAACGGAGAUCAUUUAAUACCAAAAUGGUGUAACACUAGUCAACUUCCAGAUGAAAUCAACCAAGAAAAAAUUCAAUCAAAUGGACAUAUUUGAAUCAAUACGGAUCUCACCCGCAGCAUAUUUUAUCUAAAACAUCAUUCUGUUCAAGCGUUAUCCUACUGUAAUAGCUUAUCUAUAUUGUCCAAUGUGAUUGAGCUUAAAUUUAAAGUAUGUAUAGGCAAUCCGAAUAUAUCACAUCAUUUACAUUUUUAUUCAUCAAUAAAAAAAUGAUACGUUCCUAAUGUUUUCAUUUGCAGAAGAAUCAGUUGGCAUAAGUUUUGAUAAAUAAGCAAAGGAAAUAUAUGUUUUGAGUGAUCCAAAACUACUUGAAUGACAAGUUGUUUAGAUAACCUUGUUUUAAAUGAAGGUUUUUAAAUUCAUAUUUACAAAUGACCUUUCUGUAGUUACUGUUUAAUGUUUGUCUAAUGUUUUUAAUAUAAUCAAUUUAAUUUCUUUCAUGUUGAUUUCUAUUCUUUUCUGCAUCAGUAUUUGAUGUCGAGAUUUCAAGACAAACUUUGAAAAGCAGUGUUGGUAAUUCUGCGAUGUUUAUAAAUGAACUGACACCUUUUACUAUUAGAUUAUGUCAUAUGAAUGUUACAACCUAAAGCACUCCAAAAAUAUUACAAAACUGAACGCCAUUCAUUAUGUGAUACCGAUUGCCUACACUGACUAUAUCAUUAUUUUACGCGAUUGCUGGCGUACGAAGUCUGUCUAAGAACAAUUUAACUUCAUGUAAAAUUUACAGGAAGGAACUAAAUAUGUGUAGGUUUUUUCAUUGGUCAUUUGUAAAUUACGAACUUCAACCAGGGUUUCUUUUUGGCCAUUUUAAGAUUCGUAAAUUAAUAUCAAAGAUCUUUCUGAAAUGUAUGCACGUCUAAACGCUCAAAAGGAAUUUCGGACUUAAAUGUCUCGGAUAUUUGAGAUCUUUGGACCCUGUUUCCCUACAUUAAACAUUCUUUCAAUAUCUUACGAUAUAUAAAUGACAUUUUAUAAGUUGUGGGGGUGUUCAAACUAACGAUACCAUCAAGAACGGUCAAAACACCAGGCUCAUAAAAAUACCGAAAAACACCAGAAAAUUGUCAGUAUUCAUGACAUUAUAUACAUUUUAUUAUUAUGAUUGAUGUGUUCAGUUUAUUAGAAAUUCAUAAAAGUUUGCACAUUUCUGUGUGCACGUAAAUAUGUUGGUGAAAGGUUCACAUACCGAAGCACAACUGUUUCAUUUAGAUAUGUAUCUUACAUCCGUUCUUAGACAGACAAUAAAAUACUAUGUCAAUUGUAACAAAAUUAUUCAUGUUCAUUAUUUAGCAGUUAUGAGCUUGAUUAUUUAUAUAAUAAUUUAUGUACAAUAUGUUUGUGUAUAUGUAUAUGACGAGAAACUAUGUAGUUUAUGUCAAUAAAAUGUUCUUCUUCUUCUUUUUAAU